AUAGAGUUAAUAAUUCAAAGUGUUUACGGCUGGUUGCCGGAGCAAGGUUUAUUAACAAGCGUUAGCUUUCGUUAUAAGAACAGAACUAAAACUAGGAGCCACCAGCAAGCUGGGGCAUAAGCUGAAUCAAAAGUAUUUAAUUGCCAAAGAAUGCAAAGCUACAAAAUAUAUGUACUUAGAGCUACAAAGCUACAGUCGGUAAGCCGACUUGGCAUAAGCGAUAAUGCUGAUCUUGCGGCAUGUGCAAGAUAUCAGAUUACCGCCGGUUGACCGUCACAUUCAGGGCGCUGAACUGAAGUUCGCUGAUUUGGCAUCUUGAGUGCAAACAACAUGGAGCAGAGCACAUUGGACAACGACAAUCCUGAUGAGCACUUUUCGGAUAUUAUUGAGAUGGACCUGGACGGAUCUUGUAGCUCCAGCACCUUGUCUGGGCGUCCGCCAAAGAAAAAGAAAAAGACCGACAUUUCGUGGCUGGCAGAGAUCGCCCAGGAGCGUCUCGAACAACAAAAGGACCACCACAGAAAGAAGGAGGAGCACGACGUUAGGCAGGAGAAGAUGGUGCAGGACUUGAUCAGCACCCAAACAAAAUUCCAGAACGACUUAUUAGAAGUUUUAAAAAUUAAAAAUAAAUAAGUUUUUAAUUUUCAUUACGGUCUA